GUCAAGGUCAUGUCGCCCCAGCUCGUCGGCGAGGGGCUCCAGCAGUUCACGCAGUACGCCGUGCGCACGCGGUCCACCUGCGCCCACUACGGGCGGAGCGAGAUGCGCGUGCUCCGCCGCUUCUCCGACUUCGAGUGGUGCCGCGAGCGGCUCCGGCGGAGCCGCCCGGGCGUCGUCGUGCCGCCGCUGCUCUCGCCGAAGCGCUGGGCGAACAACACGUCCCACGACUUCGUGCGCGAGCGCAUGGAGUCGCUGACGCGCUUCGCGAACCGCGUCGUCGCGCACCCG